GGGGCGUGCUGCGAGGCUGCGAGUGGAGUAGGUCUCUAGUCCCGGCUGCGGGUCCUGCGUGGGAUUGCCCUCAGGUUCCGGCCGCUCUGGGCUGACAGAUCUGACAUCUCUGAAUUCUAGGAGCCCGUGCUGAGCGUUCUGGCUUCUUUUUGGGUUUGUCUCGCCACUUGAGCUAGCCUCAGCUACGACAUGUGCAUAAGGAGGCUUUUACACCCGUCCUCUCUCCACUGGGCAUGGAGGACCACUGUCCUGAAAGGCACCUGGAGAAGGCAGCAGGGAACUCACUGCUGGAAGCGUUCUGGAGGUAGCACUUACAGAGCUGUCAUUUUUGACAUGGGUGGAGUUCUCAUUCCUUCUCCAGGGACAGUGGCUGCUGGUUGGGAGGUACAGAAUCAUAUCCCUUCUGGAACUAUAUUGAAGGCCUUGACCAAAGAUGGUGAAAAUGGACCCUGGAUGAGAUUUAUGAGAGGAGAGAUGACAACAGAGGGUUUCUUAGAAGAAUUUGAGAGACUUUGCUCUGAAAUAGCAAAGACCUCUGUGCCUGUGGACUCAUUUUUCUCUCUGCUGACCAGUGAGCAAGUGGCAAAGCAGUUCCCUGUGAUGACCCAGGCCAUCUCCCAAAUCCGGGCAAAAGGCCUUCAAACUGCAGUAUUGAGCAAUAAUUUUUGUCUUUCUAAUGGGAAAAGUUUUUUGCCCCUGGACCGGAAACAGUUUGAUGUGGUGGUGGAGUCCUGUCUGGAGGGUGUCUGUAAGCCAGACCCCGGAAUAUACCAGCUGUGCCUGGAGCGGCUUGGCCUACAGCCCUCGGAGUCCAUUUUCCUUGAUGAUCUGGGAUCAAAUCUAAAAGCUGCUGCCAGCCUGGGCAUUCAUACCAUUAAGCAGGUUGAAGACCCAGAGACUGCAGUGAAAGAAUUAGAAUCUCUUCUGGGUUUUCCCUUGCAUGUGGGUGUUCCCAACACUCAUCCUGUGAGGAAGUCAAUGGAGAUUCCAAAAGACGCCUUGGAAAAGUACCUCAAGGACUUGCUGGGGACUGGAGCCACUGGCCCCCUGGAGCUCCUUCAGUUUGACCAUGGACAGUCAAAUCCAACUUACUUUAUCAGGCUGGCAGAUCAUCAGCUGGUUCUGAGGAAGAAACCCCCAGGGGCCCUCCUCCCAUCUGCCCAUGCCAUAGAGAGGGAGUUCAGGAUAAUGAAAGCCCUUGGGAAUGCUGGAGUGCCUGUCCCCACUGUUCUUGACCUUUGUGAAGAUUCAAGCAUCAUCGGCACCCCCUUCUACUUGAUGGAGUACUGCCCAGGCAUCAUCUACAAAGACCCCUCCCUGCCUGGCCUGGAGCCCAGCUGGCGGCAAGCCGUAUACACUGCCAUGAACCAAGUCCUGUGCAAAAUUCACAGUGUGGACCUUCAGGCCGUAGGCCUGGACAACUACGGGAAGCAAGGGGACUAUUUUCCUCGCCAGGUACGAACCUGGACCAAGCAGUACCGAGCGGCAGAAACUAGCACCAUCCCAGCGAUGGAGAGACUUAUCCAGUGGCUGCCACUGCACCUUCCCCAGCAGCAGAGAACCACAGUGGUACAUGGUGACUUCAGGCUCGACAACCUGCUGUUUCAUCCUGAAAAGGCUGAGGUACUUGCCGUCCUGGACUGGGAACUUUCUACCUUAGGCGACCCCUUUGCCGAUGUUGCCUACAGCUGCCUGGCUCACUACCUGCCAUCCAGUUUUCCCAUGUUGAGAGGGUUCAGGGACCAGGAUGUGACAAAGCUUGGAAUCCCCACAGCGGAGGAGUACUUCAGGAUGUACUGUCUCAAUAUGGGCAUCCCACCCAUAGAGAACUGGAAUUUCUACAUGGCUUUCUCCUUUUUCCGUGUGGCUGCAAUCCUACAAGGAGUCUAUAAGCGGUCCCUUACAGGACAGGCAAGCUCUGCAAUGGCCAAAGAAAGCGGAAAGCUCACCUGGUUCAUGUCUGACCUAGCUUGGGACUUUGCAGUCAAAGAAGGGUUCCAUGUUUUCAAAGAGAUGCCAGCCACCAAACCGCUAAUACGAUCUCUCCACACCCGGGCUGGGCCUCAGUCCUUCCUGAAUCCCACUGGCGUGAGGAGUUACAGCUCUGCUGCAGAAGCUUCUUAUGAGGCAAAGGGAGGUCUGAUCAUCUCUCCAGAGGGCCUCUCUCCUAGGGUCAGAGAGCUGUAUGACCGGCUGCGGCACUUUAUGGAGCAGCACGUGUACCCUGUGGAACCAGAGCUACAGAGACACCAGACCUCAGUUGAGAGAUGGAGCCCUUCUCCUCUGAUAGAAGACCUAAAGGACCUCCAGCUUAGGACAUGGUGCUGCCUACAGCAGGCAGGUCUUCCCUACUUAGCCACUCAUUGUAGAAAGGAAGAUUGCUCAGGGCCUGUCCUCAUUUGCCAUACAGAGUUCCUGGGUGAGGAAUCCCCAUCAGCAACCACUGGGCAUGUUCCAGGAAGAUUCAUAGCUACAACAGUACUAGUGCUAAUCCUGGAGAAAGCCAAAGCUGAAGGACUUUGGAACCUUUUCCUACCCUUGGAGACGGAUCCUGAGAAAAAAUAUGGAGCAGGGCUGACCAACUUGGAGUACGCACAUCUGUGUGAAGUCAUGGGCAUGUCCCUGUAUGCUUCUGAGGUAUUUAACUGCUCUGCCCCAGAUACGGGGAACAUGGAGCUCCUGGUGCGGUAUGGCACCGAGGAGCAGAAGGCCUGCUGGCUGGUGCCACUGCUGGAGGGCAAGAUCCGUUCCUGCUUUGCCAUGACUGAGCCCCAGGUGGCUUCAUCAGAUGCCUCCAACAUAGAGGCUUCCAUCACAGAGGAAGGUGGCUCCUAUGUCUUAAAUGGUCACAAGUGGUGGAUCUCAGGCAUCCUGGAUCCACGCUGCAAACUCUGUGUGUUUAUGGGCAAAACAGACCCACAGGGCCCAAGACACCGGCAGCAGUCCAUACUCUUGGUUCCCAUGGACACCCCAGGAAUCAAAGUCAUCCGGCCUCUGACGGUGUAUGGGUUGGACGAUGCUCCAGGGGGCCACGGUGAAGUUCGGUUCGAGCAUGUGCAUGUACCCAAGGAAAAUAUAGUCCUGGGCCCUGGCCAUGGCUUUGAGAUCGCCCAGGGCAGACUGGGGCCUGGUCGGAUCCAUCACUGCAUGAGGUUGAUUGGGUACUCGGAGAGGGCCCUGGCGCUCAUGAAGACCCGAGUGAAGUCCCGAGUGGCCUUCGGAAAGCCCCUUGUGGAACAUGGCACCAUCUUGGCAGACAUUGCCCAGUCACGUGUGGACAUUGAUCAGGCACGGCUGCUGGUACUGAAAGCUGCCCACCUCAUGGAUGUGGCAGGAAAUAAGGCUGCAGCGUUAGAGAUCGCCAUGAUUAAGAUGGUAGCUCCGUCCAUGGCCUAUCGAGUGAUUGACCGUGCUAUCCAGGCCUUUGGAGCAGCAGGCCUGAGCAGUGACUACCCCUUGGCCCAUUUUUUUGCCUGGGCCCGAGCACUGCGCUUUGCUGAUGGCCCCGAUGAAGUGCACCAGCAAACAGUGGCCAAGAUUGAAUUGAAGACUCCUGCAAGACUACAGGAGUCAGCGGCGCCCAGACUAUAGAUGGUGUGCUUGGAAAGGCAUGGCUGUAGGUGUCUGGACACCUGUGUGCUAUGCUGUCUCCAGAGACUGUAGAGCUCCUGCAUUGGGGCCUCCCAGAAAGCACAGGGACAGUUCAGGGCCAGAGUGAAUGCUCCUGUGGAAUGGAAUGAAACCACUUCAUAACUCCACUGGCACCUGAUUUUCUUCAUUUAAAUGCUCAUAUCACAUGCUGGGAGUGGUGGUGCACACCUUUAAUACUUGCACUUGGGAGGCAGAGGCAGACGGAUCUAUGUGAGUUCAAGGCCAGCCUGGUCUACCUAG